UUCAAGUUGAAAAAAUGGUGGCCGAAAAAGUUGCACUUACCGAACGUUUUAUGUGGAUUUUCAAUACGAUUUUCCACCAAAUUUUCGCCGUUGUGACAAUUUUUAUUCUGUGGACUAUUUUUUACAAUUAUGUGAUUGAUUCGUACUUCACGUGGCAUAUGGUACUCGCCACCGUCGCAUACGUCCCCCUCAUGGGCGAAGCCAUCAUCCUCUUCUCCAGCGACAACAUCUGGACCCUCGCCCUCCCCCGCCCCACCAAAUACUGGCUCCAUGGUAUUCUCCUCUUCCUCAGCGCCAUCCUAGUAACCACUGGAAUCGCCCUCAUGGUCGACCACAACCAUGGCAAACACUUCCACUCCACCCAUGGCUGGACAGGUCUAGUGUCCUGGAUUUUCGUCCUGUUAUCCCAAAUCCUGGGAUUAGCAGCGGCCAAAUCCCACAUUUUCACCAAAAUAAUCCCUCCGGUGACGAUCAAAUUCCUGCACAACUUUCUGGGAAUUCUGGGAUACGUUUUCGGGAUUGUGAGUCUGGCUUUUGGCCUCGAAACUGCGGCUUUCACCAGUUUCACCUCCAGGGAUGCGAGGAUUGCGACUUUUUCCGUUUUGGGAUUAGCGACUUUUUGGAGCCUUUUGGCCGCGUUCAAAUCGGGAUUUGCACAAAUUGGGACGAUUUUGAAACGGGAUUAGGAUUAGGGAUUGCUCAAUUGUUAAGAUCUGUAUUAUUUAUUAUUAUUAAAUAAAUUAUUU